GAGGCCGCCUCCGCGCACGCCGUGGCUGCGGGGCCCUCGCCCGCCCAUACCCUGUACAGCACCACCGGACCAGAGCAGGCGGCCUCGAUCCAAAUCUUCAAGCGCCUCGGGUGGCACCUGCGCGGCUGCGUCGAGCUGUGGCCGCCGUCCUCUGCAUUGGGGCAAUUUGAAAAGAAGAUUGGCUGGCCCGCCACCCAGGCUUCAUUCGACAAGACCGGCUCCAUGGUUGAAAUGAUGCCAGGGGCGGCCGAGCUGCUCGCGCGCCGCGCCGCGCCGCCGGGCGCGUGGCGGCGGUGCGAGGGCGUGAGGGAGCUGGCGGCGGCGCUCGAGAGCGUGCGGCGGCGCCAGCGGCGCUGGUGGCGCGCGCACGGCGCGGGCAAGAGUGCCGCGGCCGGCGACGGCGACGGCGGCGACGCCCCCUUACCAGAUUGGCUGCCCUGGGUGUAUGACGUGUUUGGCGCCCGCAGCAGCGACUGCAAAGAGAUCUUCGAUGGAAGCUGGGCAGGCGCCGAGGUUUGGCUGCUGCCGGCAGGCGCGGCUGACGCGCCCCGGGCCGGCGAGGACAACGGCGAGUGGGACGCGGUCGUGCUGUUGGCGCCGUCCAAGCUCUUCCGCCGCCAGGCGAUGGGGGCCGUCGUCGCCAGGCCCGACCUCAUCGCACCCUGCGUCGCGCGCGCGGCCGAGGGGAGCCCGCACUUCGUCUGCUUCAUCGACCAGGGGGCGCGCUACUGGGGCGCGCCGGCGGAGGGCGCAGACACAACCGCGUGGCCCGAGCUGUAUCGGCAUGUGGCGGCGCCCCUAUUCUGUUACUAUGUUUUGAACAAACCCGCCUCAGAGAUAGCUGUUCCAGUGAGCGCUUUGUCCUCCCAUCUGUGA